GUCCAUGAUUCUUUAUUUUAUUUUGUUAUGUAUUUAGAAUCUGAUAUCAUUAAGUCCAUGAUUGUUUGUUUUUUUUUCUGUUAUGUAUUUGAGAUCUGAUUAAGAAGCUCUGAUUACCAUUAUGAUUCUUUAUAUUUUUCUUCCUAUAUUAGUUUGAGCUCUGAUUAAGAACCUAACAUAUCGUUUAUAUUUUUCUUCCUAUAUUUUUGAGCUUUGAUACUCUGGUGUACAUUGUGAAUCAUCAUAAAGAAAAAUUACAGUCCAAAUCAGAGGUGAAAAUCACUCUGAAUCCCCCUAUUUGACCUGAUGUUUUUUGUUUUCUGAAUUUCUAUUUGAUGAGCCGUAAAGUCUGAGGUAUGUGUAUUGGCUGAUUGUUUUACACUCGUUUGUUUCUUUAAUGUACAUUGGUGCAAUUGGAUUGAGGAUGACUACCAUUGGUGCAAUUGGACCUUGGAGCAAGGGGAAUAUCAACUAACUCCUUCUAAUGUUGGUAAAAAAGUUAUACAUCAAGGCGUUAUUUCUUUGUAAAGUAUUUAGAUGUGUCGCACACAGAUCAGUUAUUAUGAUUAUUGACUAAUUACGUUAAGUGGAACUCAUGUUUUUCAAAGUUGAUUGGAUAAUUGGGUACUUAAUUGUUCUAAUAAUCAUUGCAGGUUUAUACAUAUUAGUGCAAGGAACAUAUUCUCAUUUGCACACCUUGCUGUCAUCUUCCCCAAAAAUGUCAUCAUCAUCAUCAUCAACAUCAAUGUCUUCCUCUUUUGCUAAACAUACCUCAAGUCAAGCUCUGUGCUUCUGUGAGGUCAAACCCACAUUGAAGUACUCAACUACGGCAAAAAAUCCUGGACGAGCCUUCUUAGGGUGUCCAAACUAUAACACAGAGGGAUUACCAUUCUGCAAGUAUUUCAAAUGGGCAGAUAGUAAUCAAGUAAUUGAGCUCCAAAUCCGAGAAAGAAUUGAUGAGCUGCUACGGAAGGAGAAAGAUCUCGAGAAGAUAGUCGAGCUGCUAGAAAAGAGGGAAAUUGACCUUCGCAAGAUAGUGGAUCAGCUCGAGAUGGAGUUGGUGCGUCAUGCACAACGUUCUCAAAGGAAGUGUUUAGUGUCACGGUUCUUGGGGAUGUAUUGGGCUGCUGCAUUAGUACUCUGUUUUCUUUUUGGACGUUGGCUUCUGUUUUGAGCCUUCCUGUUAACUUUAAGUAUUUUGAGUGAAUGGGAUUACCCGUUGUUGGCUUAUGCAAUAUUUUGGAAGUCAGAAUGUUUGUAGGCUUUUGUACUCUAGACUUGGAAUUGGGAUUAGAGUAACCCACAUUGUAAUUACACAUUGAAGUUGUUUGGUGAAGUUGGAACUCAUGUUUGUAAUUGGUCUUGUAAUGUUAAGAUCCCUUCUCAGCUCUGUAAA